GAAAAUGUCCCGCUGGCCAUUGACUACACGUUGGAGGAUGCUAUAUGGUUAAGUGAGAUAUGUUCCAUUUCGGAACUGAAUCUAUAUAAGACUGAUUUCACCAACCAGGGGAAUUUGUACCUUACUACUGCAACAGUCAAGGAUGUUACUGUUUCUUGGUCAAGUGUGCAUCUCAAGUUUAUGGUGAGGCUGACUGUUGCUACUGGUCCUCAUGAGGCUUCUAUCAUGUUUAUGACUACCAAGUUCCGGUGGAUAGCAAGCCGUAUCAUUGAGGCUACAGACAAGGAAUGGACCAAUGACUUCAGGACUCUCCUAGCUGCUCUCAGGGGGAAUAUAUUGAAGUUUAUGAUUGAAUUUGGAGAUUUCAACGGCCAGACCAAUGAGUUUGAUUUGGUUCUUCGCAAAUUAUUCUGGUAGAGGGGGUGACGUACUUGAACAGUGCUUUAAUUCAAAGAUAAUUUCUGUAUAGUUGUUCCAAUUAUGAAUGUUGAACUCUUUCCCCGAAUAGAUUAUUACUUGGCUGCUCCAUCUAUCUCCUGUGGUUUUUACCAAUG